AUGGUUCUAUCUAUUCAACUUCUCUGGUUUCUUCUUUUUUACAUUUUUGGUGUAAGUGAUGAAGCACUGUUCGGUAUAAGUUGUGAGGAACAUCGGGACGAGUUAUCCGAGUGGUCCCAGUGCAUUAUACCGCACGGUGAUUUGGCUGAUGCAAUCACUCUCUUUUUGAAAAGUGUUAAAAAUUUUGGAUGUAAACUUCCACCCAAAAAAGUUAUCAAAUUUGGUCUCAACUUUUUACGCAACAAUUCGAACAGCUACUUGGAGCAUCCACUCUAUAAACGUAUCACUACCCAGAAUUGUGGCAAAUGUAGCCGACGAAUUAGAUGUUGCAAGAGAUCAAAAUCAUUUCUAGCUCAAGCUUAUGAAUCAGAAGCCUGCUCUGGAUCUGAUGUUGCUUGUGUGUUCGAUCCACUUUCAGCUGGCGAUUUACGAGAUCUCAAGGAGAGAUAUCCGAAUGUAGUACCAUCACAGGAUGGAUGUGAUGUAUCAGACUAUGUGACUGCUGAACUAUUAACACUAAGCAAAGGGCCGACAUAUCAAUAUGUGGAACCACUGCUAUGUCAGAUAUUAGGAACCAGAAUACCUGCUGUAAACUGUGUGCUACACGGUGAUAAAUGUCAUUGCUGUUGUUUCUCAUAUACACCUCAAUCAGAUGGAUAUUGUCAUUUGAGUAGUAAUGCAUCGUCCUUAUGUCCUUCCCACUUAAACACAAUGUGA